GAAGAUUGACAACAAUCUGUCCAAUAAGAACCGCUUUAGCGUGUUUGUUACUUUAGAUUGUCCAAUUACGUUUUAGAUCGACGGUCUUCAUUCUAACUAAUGGACUACAGUUGAGCCUAACAGAUGUCGCUGGUGUUCAUAACUCUCUCCUCAGCGUGUCAUUGAAACAGGCUUAUAUCACUGCCAUACACAUCAAACUAAGUAUUUAUUUCGGAAGUAUAUUAUACCCUUAAAUUAAACUAGCUAUGGCUGAUACCGCAGUAGAGACGACCACAACCACCGAGAUUUCAGCAAAGGAGCUUAAAGAGAAGAAAGAGGUUACCGAGGAGGUGAUGGUGGAGAAGAAGGAGAACGGCAGUGGGGACGUACCUGGCAAUGAAACACACACAAAUGGUGCAGAGGAGACAAAUGGUGCAAAGGAGAAGACAAAUGGUGCAAUUCAUUCUGAAGUAACUCCAGAGGUUGAAGAGGAUGGAGAGGGAGAGGAUGCAGAAGAAGAUGCAGAAGAAGCUGCUGAUGAGGAGGUUGACCACCCUGUGAAGCGCCCAGCUGAGGAGGAGGAACAAGGGGAAACAAAAAAACAGAAAACAGAAAACGAUGACUCAAAGGAAGCUGAAGUGGAGGCCUAGAACACUCCGCCUGUACCCUUCCGCAGCUCUGUCUACAUGACGUUGUCAACUUCACCUUGUAGAGCUUGUGCUUUAUGUAUGUUUUACAGAUUUUGUUUGCCCCCAAGAUAUUACAUUGCACUGGAGUCCUUAAACAUAGUGGCCUCCUCCCUUUUUUUAUAAGAUGUUAUUUAUUGGUUUCUUACGCAAAAAAAACUUGUGCAAAUAGGAUCCAUGCUGUUUUAUCAGUAUGUUAGUUUGUGUCUGUAUGAGUUAAGCACAUUCUCUACGUUGUUACUGCUGACCAGUUGAUUCAGGCAGGCAGCUGCACCCUUCUCCACAUUUUCAAGGUGACCUCAGACUCACUAAAGACCAAAGAUAAGUUUUAAGCAGGGGCUAAUGGACUAUUGUUAGCAUUAUUAGUUCAGGCUUUUUUAAUACCUUUUGUUUAGUGCUGCUGCUAGUAGUUAAUCCUUUGUCUGACUGAUCUGUUAACACAACAAUGGCACAAAUAAAAUAACACCUCCGUGAUCAAAGAUGGCUUGAUCCUGUUUAGGGGUCUGGCUUCUGCAAUGUUAAUUACCCCCUGUUAAUUCUUAAGGCGUUGGUCAUAUGUUUUGUAUGCAUUUUAAAACAAGUUUGUACCCAAGAUACUGUUUUUCUGUUUUAUUUUCAGUUAUUUUUUGUCUGGUUGACUCAAAUUGUCUACAAUGGUCUUUAUCAGAACAACAUUCCCAACCUAGUGUUCUUUCUCUUCUAGUGCAGUUAUAUUUCAUGAUUGCUUUGGCCACUGCUUUGUAUAUUCUGGUUGUUGAUGAUUAAAUAAGUCAGUCUUGUCUUUUUAA